ACAGGCACUGGAGAUAUUAUUGCUGUCAUGAUAACAGAAUUGAGGGGUAAGGAUAUUUUGAGUUACCUGGAGAAAAACAUCUCUGUACAAAUGACAAUAGCUGUUGGAACUCGAAUGCCUCCAAAGAACUUCAGCCGUGGCUCUCUAGUCUUCGUGUCAAUAUCUUUUAUUGUUUUGAUGAUUAUUUCUUCAGCGUGGCUCAUAUUCUACUUCAUUCAGAAGAUCAGGUACACAAAUGCACGCGACAGGAACCAGCGUCGUCUUGGAGAUGCAGCCAAGAAAGCCAUCAGUAAAUUGACAACCAGAACAGUAAAAAAAGGCGAUAAGGAAACAGACCCAGACUUUGAUCAUUGUGCAGUCUGCAUAGAGAGCUAUAAGCAGAAUGAUGUUGUUCGGAUCCUCCCCUGCAAGCAUGUUUUCCACAAAUCGUGCGUGGAUCCCUGGCUUAGUGAACACUGUACCUGUCCUAUGUGCAAACUUAAUAUUUUGAAGGCCCUGGGGAUUGUGCCAAAUCUACCAUGCACUGAUCAUGUAGCAUUUGAUAUGGAAAGGCUCACCAGAACCCAAGCAGUUAACCGAAGAUCAGCCCUAGGUGACCUCACCAGCGACAACUCCCUUGGCCUUGAGCCCCUGCGAACUUCGGGAAUAUCACCUCUUCCUCAGGAUGGGGAGCUCACUCCUAGAACAGGAGAAAUCAACAUUGCAGUAACAAGUGGUCACUUCUUUCACCGGAACUCCUUGUCACCUCGGAGCCUGGUGUAUGAAAGUGAAUUCUCCACAAUCGAGCCUUCUUUGGACAUGUAUGAUGAGAACAAAACCUGAUUUUUAAAAAAUGGGCUGUUGGGGGUCACUUCUUUUGUGAUUUGAUUUAUGAUCACCUUUCUUAUUUUGUAUUCUGUCAGCGUCCGUUUUGGAAGAAUGACAGCACUUCCAAGUACAGGUUGGGGUUCAGGGUUAAAUUGCAAAGUUCCCCCAAGGUGAGGCUUUGAAGACAGUGUUAUUGCCCAGGUGAGCCUUGUGGUACUGAAUGCCCGCCCAAAGCCGGCCACUGAACAUGGGUACCCAACAAGCCUGGCCAUUUGCAGAGAAGAGGCUGGGGCCGGGGGUUAAUAAUGCAUUGCAAACAUGUCCCUGAAUAAUCACAUGCUAUUCUGUGUUGGGGUGGCAUUGGGGUUUUUUAAUACUUUUUGUGAUCCUCACUUACACUGCAUACUAAAGCCUGCAGGUAAAGCUUCUUACCAAUGCCGAGCCAAGUCACAGCUCCUGGACCUGCUCUACUUUGUCCUUUGUCCCUUGUUCUAUUUCAUGCUAAAGGGCCUUUUUCUAUAGGGAGCUGAGAGAAAGGUUUGCCUUUUGUACCUCUUCUGAGUCUGACCACCGUAUUUCCCACCAGUGCUCAAUGUUGGAAGACACAGACCAGAGGGACCAGGGUCUGUGUGCAGGGACAGACAGUCAUCUGCUUUGUCAUUUUUCAGUGUCCAUGUUGAGCAUGACAGAAGGUGACAAGUAUUUAUUGUAACCACUAAAAACUGAAAGCUCCCCUGUACCCACAGCCUGGGGCUUGUCCACUGGACAGCCACUGAAGUAUGUGCUUGAGUGAGGUGGCCCAGCAGUAACCCUAGGCAUACUGAUCACGGGG